UUCCUUAGCUUAUAAAUUGCUUCAUUUUGGAUGUAACAUACACCAGCCUUACCUAAACAAAGUUGCCUAAAUCUGCUCUCAUUCAGAAGCACAAAAUUGUUUCAAUAAAUCAGCUUUAGCUUACAUUAAGAAGAAGAACAAAUCCACAAAUGAUGCUUUUCAGAUACUCCAGAAGAACAAACUAUGCUUUUUCCUUGCCCCUGUUGUGCGUCUUAGGGUCCGAGUGUUUUACUUUCAGUAUUACGGGUUCUCAAAUUCCAAGACGUCUGCAGUCUGCUCUUUAGGGAUUCAAGGACCUACAUGCGGGUCAAGUAAUUCAGUGACAUCCAUUCGUUACUCGUCCCCGUGAAGAAAGGUAUAGGGGCUUUAAUAUCUGCUCUACCAAAGACGGAAGUUUUCAUCUGUUGGAACAUUUGUUCUGAAUCUAUUUAAACCUAACCCCCAGCAUGCCCUGAACCUUGAAGUGAAAACAUUUAAAAAACCCUAACCUCGAAUAAGCCUCCAACAAGGCAUGCCAAUUUUACAAUGCAUGGUUUUUGCUCAUUGUAAAUAUCAUAAAUAUGGGUUUGAGAAAAACAAAUAUUUUAGUAUACUGAAGCUUUCGUCUGACACUCUUCAGAGUAAAAAACGUCAGAACAUAGACAGAAAACUAGUUUUUUUGUAAAUAACAUAUUCAACCCACAUCAUAUCUUCUCGGGACAUCAAAUCUGAUUAUAACGUAAAAUUGGUAACAUAGGAAAGCGAGCAGUAGCCGACAACAUGUCACAUGUGAUGUGGGCAGUCAAUCAUGAAUCCGGGAAGUAAUUUUUGAGUGAAACCGAGGCUUCUGACCAGUGUUAGCAUUCUUUUAGUUUUCAAAGGAUCCACAAUUACAUUGCUGGAUGCUCGGUUAACCUUGGUUGAAGUAGGAAGUUCAUUUGAAGCACAGAUUUCGAGAUGGAGCUUGAAGAUAGGACAUUCUCAAUCGGAACUUGUGAAAGAGAGUUUGAGAAAAUUCAACAAGCAUUGCAGGGGAUUUCAAAUGAUAUUGAUGUAAAAUUAUCUGAACCAAACAAGAACACAAAUCAGGAAAAAUCAGAUCAAGACGAGCCCUCAAACAGUGAAGAUUUAAAUGCACUGCUUGACUGCAAUGAAGAUACUUUUGCCCUAAAAAUAAGGAAGAUGAAAAUUGUGGAUCUCGACAUGGUCAUAAUUGUCUUCGAACAGCAAAUUAAGAUUGAACAAGCACUCAAACGGGAAGACAUUCAAGGUGCAAAGAAAAGACUUACUGAAAUGCGUGAAAGACUAACAAGAUGUUAUAUGAAGAAAGCCGAGCUGGUCAAAUGUGAAGGACGACCAUUUGAGGGAGAUAAAUAUCUGUCCAAAACUAAUUCAAAAAGUGCAAGCAGCUCUUCAAUGGAUUCGAGUCAAGAUGGAAACAUAGAGGCAGUUGAAGACAUUAACAGCCUAAGCGUUUCAGAAUUGCAGUCACUGCUAUUUUACAAUGGUCUCAAUUACAACCCAGACGACAGCAAAGCAACUUUGAUACAGCUUGUUAAAGCUCGCCUGCUCGAUGAUAAUGAUGACGAUGGCUUCUCGGAUGACUGGGAGCCACCUGGGGAUGAAGAGUUCAACUGGAAAUCAGCUAUUAAAGAUUCUGAAACUGGCUCAUCGAAUGCGAAAGAAAACAAAGGAGACGAAAGUGCAGAUUUAAUGCCUAAGGACGAAUUGCAAACCAUUGAAAGCACUACAAUACAAAAACCAGAGGUAGGCACUGGAGACGGGCCUAUUACCUCUACCAUAACAGAUCUGGCUGAAAAACUAGAAAUGGAGGAGACAAGUGAUAUUAAACCACCGCUUGCUUCAGCAAAUCCCGAAUCAGAAUUGAAGCAGGAAGAAAAAGGUUCCCUUGAAAGUGAAGCCACUGGCGGAAUUUCAGUGACUAUGGAGAAGAAAAUGUCUCUGAAUGAUAGAGCUGACUCUUAUGAAUCAGACCCGGAAGACCUUUUAUCGGCUAAACGGGAAGAAGGCUCUGUAAUGGACUGGGAUCCUAGGUGUUUGCUGAGGGACCUUUACUUUGUUCUGCAAAGAAGCGAGCCAGUAAACUUCGAGAAAAAGGAGGCCAAGCAACAAGCGGCCAGUAACACUGAUAGAUGCAAAAUGGACGGCUAUCUAGAGAAACUACCAGUUAAUCAUACAAAGGCGACACUGCUGAAGGGCUGGAAAAAGAGGUAUUUCAAAGUAUCACAUGGUAAACUCUUCUACUUUGAGAACCAUCUGGCUACUGUUCCAUUGGGCUCUCUUACUUUAACAGGGUCUGAGCUGAAAGUGACUGGUGACAAAACCAUCCAGAUCCAAUCUCAGAGCAAUCGAAACAUCAUAACCUUAAGAUGCUCAACAUCGAACGAAAGCAACGACUGGUAUCGCGUUUUGAAACAGGAGUCUGCAAUCUCCAUCCCGCUAACUGCCCCAGUCAAAGUUCCUCUACAGCUUGAGCAGCCGACAUCGCAUGUGAUUAUCAUUGAUCUUGGAGCAAGCACUAUAAAAGGAGGCUUUGCCGGCGAAGAAAAACCUCGAGUAGUUUUCCCGGCUGUUUAUGCUGUCAACACAGACCGCAAAAAUGGACGCAGAUUUACUGAUUCUGGUAUACCCGAUCCUGCAACGUGCACGUGUGGAUUCGAUGCGUUUAAGCCGGAGAUAAGACGAAAAUCAAAACUGAUUUACCCCUUAAGGCCAACCCUGAAAGUUGACAAGUUUGCAGUGAAAUCACGUUAUAUUCCUGGCUUCAUUGACAAAGUAAUACAAGAGUUGAAAGUCGAUCCUUCGCAUUAUACGAUUAUUCUUUGUUGCCAAAGACAUUUUAGUGACAAGGACAAGGAAUUUAUAUUUGAUCAUUUAUUCGGCCAUUUGGGUGUUUCUGCCGUUUACGCCCAGCAACAAGCUCUGUUGUCCCUCUUUUCGUAUAAGGACACCACUGGAGUUAUUGUCGACAUUGGUGACCAUGUUGACGUGUUCCCCGUUAUAGAAGGUGUUAUUAUAGAAAAUGGCUCAUCUUCACUGCCACAAGGAGGCCAGCUUAUUACUGAACAUUUAUCAAGACUGUUGUCUGAAGGAGGCUAUAGGUUUUUUUCUGAAGUUGAAUCGUACAUUGUACGGUACAUCAAAGAGAAGAGCGCAUAUGUUUCGCUUGAUUGCCAAAGGGAGCUCGAAACAGAACUAAAAGGUCUCGAUGUUGAUGUUGCAAGAUACGAUUUACCUGGAAAGCAAAGAAAAGUUAACGUAGGGACAGAAAGAUUUCGCUGUACCGAGGGCCUCUUCGAUCCGAAUGCCUGGGGAAAGGAUUACGAAGGAAUUCAUAAGCUUGUUGCAAAAGCAAUCAAACAAUCUGGGAUUGAUCAAAGAAAAGAGAUGUGCAGGAAAAUAUUUCUAAGCGGAGGAACAACAUUGAUUGAAGGUUUUGCAGAGAGGCUUCAAAAAGAGCUAAAAUUUUUGAUGCCAGAAGCAGUGAACAUUCAGGUACAUGCUGCAGAUAACCGAGCAAAUGCUGCCUUCCUUGGUGCAAAUAUCAUCUCAGAACAGCCAACCUUCAGCCAAAAUAUUGUCACAAAAGAGGACUGGCAUGAUUAUGGGGCAGAUAUUUUUAGAAGGAUGGCACAAAAUUGAGGCAAGACUUUUGUUUUUAAGAUAUUUACAAAGGAAUUCAAACAAUCCUUUGGCAUGAAUCCUAUGAAGCCACUGGGAAUAAGGUGUUUAUAGUUCUAGGGUUUGAUAAAGUACGUUUUUCGCUAGGAAAAGGCAUCUGUAUAUUAUAUCUUAAUGGUAAAUGUUUUCUCAAGUGGAACAGCAGAGUAAACUUUUAUGAAUUAAUGCGGCACAAACAGGCAUUCUCGACAUGAUAUAGAUUUCAGUUUUAAUUCAUACAUAGAAUUUUGGAAGAGUUAUCAGCUCAGCUAGAUGGCUAUUUUAUUUAACAGCACCCAAAAAAGAAAUAUUCCUACAUCUUCUUGAACAGAGAUAUAAACCAGAAGACACUGUUAUUGCAAUUACAUGAUUGAUACCCUCUACCCUUCUUAACAGCAACCUUCCCUGUUUAGAGACACAUGCACCUUAAUCAGGCCUUGCUCUAAGCAAAAUGAGGGUACACCAUGAAUUUGCUUGUAAGAAACUUAAGACACUCUGACACUUUCAAAUUGCUCAAUAUUAUUGCUUUGAGAGCACCUUUGGGAGGGGUGCAAAAUGUUGCGAAAUACAGUAGCAAAAACGUUUUUGAAUGCUCAAUAAAAUGACCUUCUAUGGCUGUUUUAAGGUGCACUUUAAGUGUUCAUGCUUGAUGGAGCACCAUUCCAGGCAAGGACUGGUUUUAAUCUUCUUGAUACAAAUUUCUUGAUGGAGCUGUUAUAAAGACUGGAACUGAAACCCCACUAAAACACAAAGAAUUACAUAAGAUUUUAUGGACCAAGACUUCAAUUAAUUAACUGUACGGAACUUCAAGUCAACCUUAGGUCAAUAACCGCACUGAACUUCAGGACAGUCUUUUAUUUCAAGUGUUCAUGUGACGAUGUAUUAAACUGAGUCAAAUCAUUCAGCCAGUAUAUAGUAUUGCACAUGAAGAAUUCUUCAGGAUUGUUACCAACAUUGCUGCAUUCCUUCUUAAAUUUCCCUACUAAACACUUUAAAGGAUACAAUCUUCUCCAUCUGAAACAAGGCUCUUGUUGAUUACAGGGCACCAUGUUUCUUUAUUCAUGUGUUGUCAAGUUUUAAACUUUUAAGCCAUUAAGAAGUGAAACUUUUUAAUCUUUUCAUAAAAUGAAUUUUGUGUAAAAAUUCCAUAAUGCAUACCUUGCUAGAAAAGGGUGCAUGUACCCUUAUUCUUUCAUUCUUUUUAACUUUUUUCUUUGAAAAGUCUUUAAUUUUCCCUAUAAUACCACAGCCAAUCUUUUCCAUAUUCCUUUCUAAAAAAUUGGGGUGUCUUAUCAAUAAAUAUAAUUCAAUAUUUCAUACAGAUUGGCAAUUUUAUUCCUUCUUUAUUAUGUGUUUUAUGGAUUUGUUAUAUUUCUUACAUUUUUUAUUCCAAUUUUCGGAUUUUAUAUGGAUGUUUUAGCUCCUCAGUAACAAAGAAGAUUGAAUUUGACUGUAUUUUUUAUUCCCGUAAUUUUGAAAAGUGUCUAGCAGGUCCUUUUUACUAAACUCAGAAAUAUGCCUGCAUUUUUACCAUUUUAUGAAGGCAGAAUGUCAUAUGCCCCAAACACUCAACUCAUUUCUAGUUUUCUUGUUGCGCAGUACUUAUUGCUAAUGGAUAACAGGAUUUAGUUAUCAAAGUUUUCAACAAUUAUAAAUAACUUUCCAAUUUGCUCAAAGCUGAUUUAUUCAAUCAGUUUAGGUAAGAUAGGCAUGUAUAGGUAUAUAUUUUACUGCUAUUAAAUAUGGGAGCUUUAAGUAUAAUAAUAUGUUUUGCCUGUUAUUAUCAUUUGUUUAUUGAUGUUUGUUGCUAUUUUGCAUGAUAUAUCAUUAUAUAUAGAAAUAAUUUGUGUAUGAGUAAGGAAUAUAAUGCUUUUAACAGUUCCUAGUUUUUUGUGUAAAGUAUCAUACUGACAUCCUGAACCUGUUUUGUAAUAUUGUCUUUGUAGGUUCUGA